AUGAAUAGAAUAUCGUUAUAUGAUUUUGUGUUGGACGAAAUAAAAGGAGGAAGGUAUUAUGAGCCAUACCAGAGUGAUAAUGAAAAUUCUGAACAAAAUGGUAAUGGUGAAAAAGAAGGUAUGGGAAAUAAUUUAAAACAUAUGAGCUAUAGUAACAUUAAUCAAAAUACGGAAGAAAAUAAACAUGAUUUUUACAAAUUUUUGGAUGACCUUUUUAAAACACAUACAAUACCAGAUAACGCUUUAGAGCAUAUGAUAUAUGUUCCAAUUUUUUUUGAAAAAAUUAUGAGUUUAUCAUUUUUGUUAUGUUUAGAUAAUAUUCUUUAUGACAUAACAUUUAUGCCUAUACAAGUAAUUCGAUCAAUUUGUAUUUUAUUAUACAUUUUAUUAAAAAAUAUUAGUAACAAUUUUUUAAAUCGCUUCAUUGAUAUCAAAAAUUUCAAAUUUUAUAAAUAUGCAACCACUUGUAAUUUUAAAUAUUUAAAAAGAUACAAAGCUCGAGUAAUCAAAAAUUCAAAUAAAUUUAUAAAUACUGAAAUGAUAAGAACGGGUAAAAAAAUAAAAACCAAUGACACCAAUGAUCUAGAUAAUAAAAAUUCAAUUUAUGAUUAUUCUUACAAUUUUAAAAAUUAUACAUUUGAUAAGUUUUAUGGUCAUCAUGAUAUAGAUGGUUUUACAUAUAAUCAAAAUGUGUCAAAUUCAGAAGAUGUGAUAGUUUCUGGAGAAAACGAUUCUAUUAAUAAUUCUAUGGAAAAUAAUUUAGUAUUAAUGAAAAUAAAAGAAGCCAAAACUGGUGGUGAUGAAUUUAAUACUACUUGUUCUCAUAGUGAUAUCGAAAAUAAUAACACUAGUAGUUUAGAUAUUCUAGAUAAUAAAAAUAUUGGAAGUAGUGAUGAAUAUCAUAGUAAUUAUAGUAGCAGCUUUUAUGCACCAAAACUAUAUUACGUUGAUAGUGAAUAUUCAGAAAAAAUAUAUUAUAAAAAAAGUAUUCGCGAUGCUUUAGUUAAAAAAAAAUCCUUAGUAAAUUUUAAUUAUGCAUAUAGUAGAAGUAUAGGGGAUGGAAACUCUUUUGAGAUUAAUAGAAAAGGUUUUGGAAGGAAAAGGAAAAAAAAAGAAAAUUUUAAAUUAUAUCGUAUAAGUUCUUUUGAUAAAAAUGUUAAAAAAAAUAGAAUAUUUAUACUUAUUUAUUUUCUAUUUAAACCUUUCAAUUUUGUAACAAAAAAAUUAUUCAAUUUUUUUAAAUAUAUAGUUAAAUAUUUUUAUUCAUUUUUUCUCAUUAUAUAUAUGAAUAUAAUACACUUUUUUCAUAUUAAAAAGUUGUACACCUUUAAUGAUGUUAAGAAAGAGGAUAAAACAAAAAUAAUCACCAGAUCACUUGAAAUUAAAUAUUUGUCUAGCAAACAGCAAACUGGUGAUAACGUCAAAAAUGAAAAAAACGACGACCAUGAUGAUUGUGUCCAAGUAUAUAAAGAAAAUCUAAACCCUGCUCAGGAAAUGAAUAAUGUGUCAGCACAAAUAAAGGCAUGCGACAGAGACCUUCAACAGUCGGAAUUUGAAAAGGAUGGAAAUGAUGAAAAUGAUGAAAAGGAUGAAAAGGAUGAAAAUGAUGAAAAUGAUGAAAAGGAUGAAAAUGAUGAAAAUGAUGAAAAGGAUGAAAAUGAUGAAAAGGAUGAAAAUGAUGAAAAGAAAGGAAAUGAAAAAAAUGGAGAGAUCAACUAUUCAGAGAACACAGUACAUGAAUCAAACGUAGAAAAGAACCAACAAAUAGAGACUGAGAAUACUACAAACGAAAGUGGAAAGGCAGUAAAUUUUACGGAUAUAAGGAAUGUAGUUAAUAAAUAUAUAAGUAAUAAAAAAUUGAAUGAAAAACAUAAUCUUAAAAAAAGAAAAGAAGAAAAUGAUGUAAAUUGUAAGGAUAAAAAUAUUAUAUACGAAAAAAAUCAAGAAAAUAAAAAAAUAAAUAAUGAAGCAAAAAAUGAAGGUUUUACAAUGAAUGGACAGAAUGAUAAUAACUAUUUUUAUUAUACAUGUAAUGAGCAAUAUUCAGAAAAAAAAAAAAAAAAAAAUGUUAAAAAUGUGAAAUAUAUGAAAAAGAAACUUUUAAAGGAUCAUAUAAAUUUUUUAAAUUUAUCUUUCCCAGAAUAUAGUGGAUUAAUAAGAGCAUCAUUAAUUUUAAUUUGUAUAUAUAUUUUCUCAUUUCUUGAUACAUCGAGAAUAUAUCAUUAUAUUCGAGCACAACCAUUUAUGAAACUAUAUGUUGUUUUAAACAUGCUUGAAAUUUUAGAAAGAUUAUUGAGAUCAUUAGGCAAAGAUUUAAUUGAUAAUAUGAUUAGAACAUUUAUAAGAAUUAUAAACUUACGAUCAUAUAUAUAUAUAAUUCGCAACCACUAUAAUAAUAUGACAAACGAUGAUGAAAAUUUUAGCAAUGAAUCUUUAGAAGGGCGACGAAAAAAAACAUACAUAAUAAAUAAUAGUAAUAUAUUACACGAAGAGGGAAAUGGAAAGAAGAAAAAUGAAAAAAUAAAAUUCUCAGAAAUUUUCACUAAAGAAUAUCGAAAAAAUUCGGAUAUAUAUAUAAAUUAUAAAGGGAUUAAUUUAAAAAAAAAUAAUAAAAAUAAUGUUAAUACAAAUCCCUAUUUCAAUAAGGAAAAAAAUAUGUUUUCUUUUUUAAAAAAUAAUAAUGAAAUGGCAGCAAAUUUCAAAUUACCAAUAUUCUAUCCUUUUUUAAGUAUAUUAAUCAAAUUUAUUUUGCAGUAUAUUUGUGUUCUCAUCUAUAUUUUGACUCACGCUUUUGCCCAUCUCAUUCGGUUCCUUUCUCUCAACAUUGCAAUUAAUUCUUCAGAGUCUACUAUGUUUCUUAUUUUAGUUAUGAGCAAUUUCACAGAAAUAAAAUCAACAGUCUUUAAAAAAUUUACCAAGAUAUCCUUAUUCACAAUUGUAGCUUCAGAUUCUGUUGAACGAUUUUAUUUAUUUAUAGAUGCUUUUCUUGUUUUAUUAAAAAUGUCAACAGCUUAUAGAACACAAAAUUCGUUCCUUAGUAUUACUAGUUGGUUGAUAAUUAUUUUAUUGCUUGAGGUUGGUGUUGAUUGGUGCAAGCAUUCAUACCUUUUGAAAUACAACAAAUUAAAAUCCGAGUCUUUAAUCAGAUAUUUUCAAACUUUGUUAGCAGAUGUAUUAAUUUCUAGAACAACGAAUAAUAACAUUUAUUACAUGAACACGCUAUCAUUUGAAGUCCCUUGCAAAAAUAUUUUUUCAUUUUCACAUAUACCAACAAGACGACUUGGAUAUAUGUCAAUGCCAGUUGUGACCCUGAUUGUAUGUUCACUUCCAAGACUAAAUUAUUUAUCAAACAUUUCACUGUUAUCAUUCGCCUUGUCUAUAUGGAUUUGUUUAUUCCUUUUCAAGAUAAUAUUAUCAAUUAUGAUCGUAUCCUAUACAAUAUCUGAAAAACAUCAACUCAAAAAUUUGAAGAAACCAUAUGAUGACAUAAGCGCUUUAUGA